AUCAACCCACUUAUGUAACCCUACACCAGAGAGAGAAAGAGAGAGAGAGAGAGAGAGAGAGAGACAUGAAACAUGAAGUGUAAGGUACUACUGCAAAGUUUACAAGACACAUCAAAUUCCUGACAAAGAUAAGGAAUAUUGAAUAAGGGAGAUUGUGCCAUCUGCCAGUAUGUCAGCUGAACAGAUGAAGCCGGAGGGGAGACCCGAGAUCUUUGAUUUCCAAGGUAUAUCAAUGGUAAACUACUUCACAGAUAAUUGGGAAAACGUUCAAAACUUUCACGCUCGACCGGAUGAUAUCCUCAUCGCUACGUAUCCCAAGGCAGGCACAACAUGGGUGUCCUAUAUCCUCGAUCUGCUGUACUUUGGCAAAGACAUGCCAGAGAGACAGACCACUCUGCCCAUCUAUGAGAGAGUGCCCUUCUUGGAGUUUGCUGUACCUGUGAUGCAUACAGGGACCGAGCUGGCUGAAAAGCUAUCCACCUGCCCUCGCCUAAUUAAGACUCACCUACCAGUCCAGCUUAUUCCCAAAGCAUUGUGGGAGCAGAACUGCAAGGUGGUGUACGUGGCCCGUAAUGCCAAAGACAACGCUGUCUCUUACUUCCACUUUGAUCGCAUGAACAAGGUGCAGCCAGAGCCUGGUGACUGGAACAGCUACAUUGAAAAAUUCAUGGAGGGCAAAACUGUGUUCGGGCCCUGGUAUGACCAUGUGACUGGCUGGUGGGAAAAGAAGCAGAACUACUCCAAUAUUCACUACAUGUUCUAUGAAGAUCUAAUUGAGGACACGGGCCGUGAGCUGGAGCGCCUCUGCUCCUUCCUGGGUUUGUCCACCACAGCAGAGGAGAGAGAGUGCAUCAGGGGAGGAACGCAGUUUGAUGCCAUGAAGGCAAACCCAAUGGCCAACUACUCCACCAUCCCUGUAAUGGAUUUCAAAAUAUCUCCCUUCAUGCGCAAAGGGAAAGUUGGUGACUGGAGGAACCACUUUACUGUGUCUCAGAAUGAGGAGUUUGAUGAGCACUACAAACAAAAGAUGAAGAACAGUACCCUGGUAUUCCGCACACAAAUCUAGCCUCAUAAAGGAAGGCCCAGAGGAGGACAGUUCAAUCAAUCUCAACAGUCCGGUGUACUGUCUAUAAACAAUCAAAUAUCAUCAAACUAAUAACAUUUCGUAACGUCUCACCUGUCAUCCUCCAUCCUUUGGAGGAAACAUCAAACUGAGGUCUCAACUCAACAGAGAUCUGUGUGGCUAUAAAGGAUCCCAGUAGAACUGCCAAGAGUAUCUCUGACAUAUCUGGUCCAAAUAGGCACAUUUUCAAACAAGGCCCCUUAAAUGGUCUUUACCCCUAGAUAGCCAGUGUUUAGUGACCACUGGUUCACUAUGGCACCCAUCUCAUAAUCCAGGUGGCAUUACUGCAAAACUUUCCUCUUGGAAAGGUUAUUGCAUGAAUUUCUCUCUAAAUGUUUGAAAAAGUGACUGAAUAUUGUAGUGCUUUGGUCUCAUUUCAUAAUGCUUAAUGUACAAAAACUGAGCAGGAUUUGUGCAACAUUUUACAAACGGCACCCCAUAGAACGUAUGGUCAUAAAGGAUCAAAGUGCCAGGAGUCUUACCAAAACCAGCUUUCCUCAAGGGGGGUGACCAGAACACAUGCAACAACGCUUUUAUUUAUGAAUGAUAAUCAAUAUAGCAACAAAGUAUUAUUUUUACCAUUCAACUUUAACCUAGCGUAGCAUGAUAACAUUUACAGUAAUUAUGUUAUUCUGCGAUGAAGAGUCAUACAAUGUGCAGAUAUUCUACAGUGUUGAUUUUAUACUUGAUUUUGCAAUGCUAUCCAGCAAACAUUAUUUUUAACCAAUCAAAAUCUGCUUUGUGAUUUUACUCAUUAUACUAAUCCUGCUGUCAGCUGGGACAAAUAGGCCUGCUUCUUACUCAAAACGGGACUGAAUGGUUGGCAAUGCUUUGCAGACCUCCUCUACCAAGGACAAUUUUUUUAUAUGUUAUGAAUAAAGAACAUAUUAAUACA